AUGUACUACACCGGUGGUUUAUCUUUCAACCUAGCUAGAAAUCCACACUAUCGGAACUCCUACAUUCGUGCUUCUACCCUUCCAGACUACAUUCCACCAGGCUACAAUGCUCUAAGGACCACACUUCUUGCAAAAGAAAGGAAAAAUAUUGAGCAUCAUUUAGAGCCAAUCAAGAUUACAUGGAAAGACAAAGGUGUGAGUCUUUGUAGUGAUGGUUGGUCUGAUGCACAAAGAAGACAAUUGAUUAAUGUGAUAGCCACUUGUGAGAGUGGUUCGAUGAUGUUGAGGGCUAUAAACUGUGAGGGGGAAUUCAAGGAUCAUGCAUUGAUUGCAGACUUGAUUAUAGAUUCCAUCAAGGAAGAGGGUUGGGAAAAUGUUGUGCAAGUGAUUACCGACAAUGCUCCUGUUUGCUCCAAGGCCGGUGCCUUGAUAGCAAGUAAGUAUCCUCCUAUUUUUUGGACACCAUGUGUAGUGCAUACUUUGAAUCUUGCUGUCAAGAAUAUUUGCACACCUUCAUUAGUUGCAAGCAAUGCGGAUGUGUUUGAUGCAUGUUGUUGGAUACAGCCAGUUUCUGAGGAUGUUAUGUUUAUCAAGAACUUCAUUAUGAAUCAUGGAAUGAGAUUCGUGAUGUUUAAUGACCAUUGCAAUUUGAAGUUGCUUUCGGUUGCUCCCACAAGGUUUGCAUCUAUGUUAAUCAUGCUAAAGAGGUUUAGGCAAAUCAAAAAUGGUUUGCAACAGAUGGUCAUCAGUCCAAAGUGGGAUGAUUACAAAGAAGAUGAUGUUAGGAAGGCAGCUUCUAUGAAAGAAAAAUUAUUAGAUGAGUUGUUGUGGGAUGACAUUGAUUACAUCAUUUCUUUUACUGAGCCUAUCUAUGAGAUGAUCAGGAAAGCAGACACUGAUAGGCCUUCUCUUCAUUUGGUGUAUGAAUGA